AUGGUCUGGUACCAGGAGCCCCAAGACGUCUUACAGGGGACGACCCCGCUUCUCUCCUCGAAGUGCACUGACAUGCUGCGGCUUCACACCGGCUGACUGGUCGGCUGGCCUCAGCUGUUUAAGAUAUAGCCGCUUUUCGGGGCUGGAGUUUAAGACCUUUGAAGUUGUUAUUAUUUUCAGUAUUUGGUGGUUGUUUUCUUUCACCAUGCAGUUUCGCUUCUUCGUGCUUUACCUUAGAGUGCACUUCCUGUUACGCAUAACGUUGUGGCUGCAGCACCAUCUGCUGUAUGAUAAACAGUACAAACAUUUUUCAUCAGAUAUGUGUCCAAUAAUUGUAAGGGCGUUGUAAAAGUCCAGGGUAGAGUUAUGAGUAGCAUGUUUUUUUUCUUUAUAUUCAUAACUUUACUUGGCUUAAAAGGAGACCAAUAGAAUCCAUGGUUUGUCUAAAAAUGGAGUGGAUUUACUAAUCUGUUAAUUAGAUUACUCUUUGUGCCUUAGUGCCUUCUGGUUCCCAUGCAUACCUACAGGACACCAGCAAGGAGCUGCAGCUGAAGACUUUUAUUCCUGCACAACACUGUUGUUUUUUAUCAUGAGCAUCUCAGAAAGUUGACUUCAAACUUGGUGAAAAAAUACUUCCCAGGAUGACUGUCCUGCAAUUAACCGUAGUUACUUUUAUCUGCUGGAUAAGUCUUGGUUAUGGAAAUGAGAAGGUAUUCUCAGACAACAUUACCCGAAUUUUGGACAGACUUCUGGAUGGUUAUGACAACAGACUGCGGCCAGGAUCUGGGGGUGGUGUCACAGAGGUGAAAACAGACAUCUUUGUCACCAGUUUCGGACCUGUUUCAGAUGUGGAGAUGGAGUUCACCAUGGACAUGUUCUUCCGUCAGAUGUGGGUUGAUGAGCGGCUAAAAUUCGAGGGCCCAACUGAGAUCCUGCGUCUAAACAACCGCAUGGUGGACAAGAUUUGGACCCCAGACACUUUCUUCCGAAACUCCAAGAAGUCCAUUUCUCACAACAUGACCACACCAAACAAACUCUUCCGCAUCAUGCAGAACGGGACGGUCCUCUACACCAUGAGACUGACCAUCAGCGCAGAUUGUCCAAUGAAGUUGAUUGACUUUCCAAUGGAUGGCCAUGCAUGUCCUCUCAGAUUUGGAAGCUAUGCUUACACAAGCAGUGAAAUCAUAUUUACUUGGAGGAAGGGGCCAAUAGCAUCCGUAGAUUGUCCCUCGGAGUCCAUAAGCCUUCUGCAGUACGACCUGGUGGGACAGACUUUGUCAAGCGAGAUAUUCAGAUCUAACACAGGUCAGUACUCAGUGCAGGUGGUCCACUUCCACCUCCAGAGGAAGCUGGGCUACUACCUCAUACAGACCUACAUCCCUCUUAUAAUGGUGGUGGUGCUGUCACAAGUCUCGUUUUGGAUUAACAAGGAGUCUGUUCCUGCACGCACAGUCGCUGGGAUCACCACAGUGCUGACCAUGACCACCUUGAGCAUCAGCGCUCGUCAGUCACUUCCCAAAGUAGCCUAUGCCACCGCCAUGGAUUGGUUCAUUGCUGUAUGUUUUGCCUUUGUGGCGUCGGCUCUUAUCGAGUUUGCAGCGGUGAACUACUUCGCCACCCUACAGGCCAACCACCUGAAGAGGAAGAAAGCCAGACAGGAGAAGCUAGAUGUGUUGACCAGCACUACAGAAGAUGGAGAAACCAUUUCGUCUGAUGGCAGCCCUCAGGAAGGUCUGAAGAAGAGGAACCAUUCAAUGGCUCGCAGUGAACCAGAAGCUCCUCAAGUGCCGAUUUUCCUCCAACAGGGCUCAGCUUUUCCUCAAAUACCACAGCUGGCUGGCACCAGCCCCAUAGACAAGUACUCCCGCAUCCUGUUCCCCCUGACCUUUGCCUUGUUCAACGGGUUCUACUGGUACAUCUACCUGGCUAAGGACACCAUGGAAAGGGCCAGAGAUGUGGAUGUUCAAAGCUGAGAGGACCUGGAAAAGGGCACGUGCAGCCGGAGAGACCUUCAGCAUCCAUCCCGCCUCAACUCAUCCUCCUCUCCGUCUCUCUCUCUCUCUCUUUCUCUCUCUCUCUCUCUCUCUCUCUCUCUGUAUGUGAACAAGCUCUCAGCAGUCACUCUGCUCUCAUCCGACAGAGGAAAUGAAUCAGAAACUCAUUUAUUCUCCUGCUGCACAUCUAUUCAUUUCACAGGCUGUGACCACUGCCCACUUGUGUUCUGAUCAGUAGCUGAAGAGCCGCCCUUCACAGGGGGCUUAAAUCACUUUAAAACAUGCCAUAUACACACACAACAACUUCUUAGGUUCCCUGGAUGGAGACACACGACACACAUGAAUAAUACAACCUAUGAAUGACACACACUUCAGACACACAUACAGAACCAGAAACACAUCAAAAAGAAGUAGAUGAUAUAAUCUAUGAUGGCUGUAACUGGUGGUGAUGCAACAGUGAACCAAUGCUUUCAGAAGCCUGCCCUCUACAGAAGCACAGCUCCCACUACAACAAGAUCAAAGGCAAUUUAGAGGAGGCUUGCAUCCCUCCCCAAGGCUUCAGAAAUGUACUCAAACCUGAGAAAAUGAAUCGUGGGGAUUGUGUUUUCCAUCCCACCUUUCUUGCUCUGGCUCCCUGGUGCUCCCUUUGCAUUUUCAGAUCCACUGCAGGUCCCCUGAAAACAUUGCAGGGGACAGAAGGAUUUAAUUCACAUGGGUGCUGAUGAUCUUAAUUUUCUAUUUUUGUACAGAUGGUGGAUGAUGUCUGGGCACAGAUCUCUGUUUUUAAAGUAUUUACUUGUUUUGGAUGAAUUCUCUUUUCAGGCUUUUAACAUGUCCAGUAGCAUGAAAACAGAGAAAUAAACUUGAUGUUAACUUGACAUUUUGGUCACUUUAACCCUUUAGUGCAUCCUGUUGUUUGACCUUGUCAGCACACACACAAACUCAUCUGUCAUGUGAUUAUCACAAAAAUAAAACAUGCUUCAAAUUCA